UGUUUAAUAUUUUUUCAAAUGUCAUGAUUAGUCCAUGACAAAAUGUUGUCAUUGAUUAGUCAUUAGAAGUUUUCCUAGGCGCGGCUAGUCACGACGGCAGCGGGCCGUAGUGACAGGCCGCUCCAUACUGCUCAUGGACGAGUACAGCCGCAGCGGCUAUAAUGCUGUUCCAUAGCAGAACAGUCGUUGCGGCCUUACCUUUAGUUUUUGUAACGCUUUCAGUACCACCAAAAUAAUGUUGUUAACGGUAUUCGUUAUAUUUUGCCACCACUCGAGCUGCCUGGUUCACGUCCUUGCCAGUGGAGUAAUUCAGGCCGUUACGAGAACCAAAACUUAAUGUUUCAGUGAAUCAUUAUUUGUGCACUGUCAUUGAAAAUCAUCAACAUUUAAGAUCGCGUAAACAUGAACGCGGAGCAGAGAAGCGUUGCGAGUGACGUCAUCAUCUGGGUUGGAAAAAGGCAGUUCGUGCAAGCAUCCUUCACAUUGGCAGCAGUGCUAUUCACGGCGGCUUUGCAACUGGACCGGACUCGUUUGCAUUUCAUUCUCCGUCAGUAUACAAAGGUACAGUUGAGCGGCACGACGUCGAUCAAAGUAUCCACAUAUCCCAUUGUCAAUUCAUAUACCUAUAUUUACUGCUUGUCUUUCACGCCAUGGAUUCCAGCGUAGCUAUGAAUUCAAUUAGUACCACAGACCGCAUAGCCGCGGCCAAAGCGUCGGUCUCGCUCCUACUGUGCCUGUGCUCGUUCGCCACUGGUCUGUCGCCAAUUAAGUUCGCCCACGGCUGGCGUGCGUCCAGGGCCCGUAUCUCGCGGAAACCGACGAUCGCGUCAGUGCUUUUGUGCUUCGGCGGCGGCGUACUGCUGUUUACCGCCCUAAUCCGCAUGCAGCCCGACGUCCGGCGGUCGGUGCACGUGCUCCAGGUAGCUGGCCGGCUGCCUGACACCGACCACCUAGGCGACCUGGUGUUCUGCGCUGGGCUCUUCGCCGUGUUCGUCAUCGACGAGGUCGUGAACUUGACGCGUGGCCCCGGACGCAGAACGGGUACUAUCGCAGCCACCGGCGUCCGGCCAUCGCCGAAAUCGUUCCGUGUCCUGUUCGCCGUGGUGGCGCUAUCAUUCCAGGAGGCGUUUGUAGGCCUGUCGUUCGGCAUGGAAACCGCGGGCCCCGACGACGGCGUGUGGUACGCGUACGCCACCGCGUCCGCGACCAAACUGAUCGUCGCAUUCUGCCUGGGCAUGGAACUGGCCUGGUCAGGAGCCCGGAAUUCUGCAAUAGUAGCGUGCUCGGCGGUGUUCGCCACCGUUACGCCCGUCGGAGUCGCGAUCGGCAUGGCCCUAUCCCAGUGCUGCGACAACGCCGCGGCCUAUAAGCCGCCAUCGCCCGGCAUCUUGCACGUCAUCUCACAGGGACUGGGUGCCGGCUCGCUGGCGUUCGUGGUAUUCUUAGAAGUAUUUCCCAGGCACAAACACGCCGGGUUCACGCACCUGUUGUCCGCCAUCGUCGGGUUCUACGUCAUGCUAUGCUUGCAGUUUGCCACUGACUAUCAACAAUCCGCCUAGGUUUGAAGAAUUUGGAUGAAGAUAUGUGUGCAGAUGAAUCUCAUAAACACUUUUUUAAAAUAAAUUCCUUGAUUCUAUGUGUUAUGAUUUUAUCCACUAUUUAUUGACCCAAUCACCUAGUAAUACUAUUUUUUAGUGUUUUUUUGCAUAGUUUAUAAACUUUAUUUUGUUACAAUUUAAUUAAAUGCCAUAUUUAAGUACAAAAUAAAUAUAACAGUAGUACUUCCAGACUAAAAUAGGAACUAGGUACAUAAAUAUUAUGUUAUAUAAAAAAAACUUCAAUUUUUCAAUAUAAUAUUAUAUACCUAGGUAUAUUAUAUACCUAUAUAA